AUGGCUUCCAAGGGUUUGCUUCUGUCGGGACUCUUUGCAGUUCUUCUCGUCAUCUCAGAAGUGGCAUCUGCAAGGCAGUCCGUCACGGUGAAGUCAGAGAGUGAAGAAACUGUGCAACCUGAUCAUUAUCAUGGUGGCAACGGCGGCCAUGGAGGAAACGGAGGAAAUGGAGGGGGAGGAUACAACGGAGGAGGAAAUUACAACGGAGGAGGAGCAUACAACGGAGGAGGCCAUGGGGGGAACGGGGGAGGAGGAAAUUACAACGGAGGAGGAGCAUACAACGGAGGAGGCCAUGGGGGGAACGGGGGCCAUGGAGGAGGAGGAAAUUACAACGGAGGAGGAGCAAACAACGGAGGAGGCCGUGGAGGAGGAGGAUACAACGGAGGAGGAGCAAACAACGGAGGAGGAGGAAAUUACAACGGAGGAGGAGCAAACAACGGAGGAGGAGGAGCAAACAACGGAGGAGGAGAAAAUUACAACGGAGGAGGAGCAAACAACGGAGGAGGCCGUGGAGGAGGAGGAGGAGGUCGUGGAGGUGGUUGUAGCAACGGCUGCUGCUACAGAAAUUACCUUGGGUGCUCAAGGUGUUGUUCUUACGCCGGAGAAACUAUCCAGACUCAACCCGGUCACUAA